UUUUUACCUUUUUUUUCUUUUUUUCCUUUUUUUUCCCUUUUUUUUUUCUUGUUAUUAUUUUGGAGCCCUUGUCACAGCUCUUUUUAUCAGAGCCCUUCUUUGGGCCGGGCCCCUCAGUGGCCAUGGCUGUGCCAUAGCUGACAAGCCACCGGGAGCUGGCAGCUGGAGAUAAGACAGGGAGAAGGGCUGAAAAGGGCUGCGAACCCCCUUGGCGGCUGGGGGAUGAAUUUGGGGCGGGCUGUGGGUAGCCCCUUUCCCUUUGUGGCAGUGGCAUCCCUCAGCAGUGCCUCUCUGCUGCUCUCUAGGGCUCUGCGCCAUCAUCCACUACCUUGUCCAUGGGAAGCUGGGCUGGUUCAGGCUGACCGUCGCCUGCAUGGUGCCUGGCUACGCGGCUCAGCUCCUCAGCAUCCUCUGGUACAGGGCAGAUGGCCACCCACCCGGCCGCUGGCUCCUGGUGCUCCACCUCCUGCAGCUGGGCCUUUGGAAGCGGUGAGAGAUGCUCCCCAUGGUCCAUCCAGCCCCAUCCAACCCGGAUGCAGUCCGAAACCUGCCAAAACCAGGGUGGACAUUCCAUCACCGUGACUCUUGCAGGUGUCAGUGCAGGGCUGUCGCUGCUCUCCCUCGCUUGGGCUUUGGUCUCCUACAGCCACUUCACUUGCCUGCUGAAACCUGGCCACCUCUGCCCACCGGCUGCAGCCAUCGUUUUCCUACUGCUCUGGAGGACGGGGAUGCUGGGGACCAGGGUCCUGGCCCUGGUGCUCUUUGCCAGGCUGUAUUCCUUCUGGGUUUUUGCUGUGGCAGGUAUCCACUGGUUGCUCAUGUCCUUCUGGCUGGUGGCCCAGCAGACAGACAUCAUAGCCCAGCCCUGCCGCUGGAGGCUGUUCAAUUGCCUGGUGGGAGCAGUGUACAUCUUCUGCUACCUUAAUGUCCGGCCUGGUCCCUCCAAGCACAGGGUGGCUGUAUUUUAUGCAAUAAUGCUGAUGGAAAACACCCUCCUGCUGCUGCUGGCCACCCGGUUCCUGCAGGCAGAGCUGAGGAACAGCCUGUAUGUGACUGGGGCUGUCCUGUCAGGGUCUGUGAUAGGUGCCGCAGCCCUGGUGGUUUAUUACAGCCUGCUCCAUCCCAAGUCCACAGAGAUCUGGCAGGGCUUCCUGGAGACAACCUGCAGUGCUGCAGCUGCCAGUGAUGAUGAGGUUGCUGGAGAUGACUCCCAAGCUGAGCAGAGUUCAGGAAUUUCGGGAGAUGGAGAGUCCUUGCCAGUGGAAGGGGCCACAGCAGAUCUUAAAAAUGGGAACAGCUCGUUGCUCCUGCAAUUCAGAGGGUGUUUGGAGGACAGCUGGACAAACCACCACCACUGGCUUCUGGUAAAGCUGGCCUUGAAGACAGGAGAUAUGUCUGUGAUCGUCACAGCUUUUGGAGACGGUGGCGUGGAAGAGGCUUACACUGGAGGAUGGAUGAUGCGGAAACCCACCAGUGUUGAGCCUGGGGCAAACCUUUCCCUUCCCACAAGGGAAAUCAGUCCUCAGAGUGUUGAAUCUGGUUUGACUGAUGAGAAAUUGAAAGUGGCAGGGAAUGAAGUGGGCAGCAAACCCAGCACCAGUGCUGCAAGAAUGGCACAGGAGGAUGGAGCGGGGCAGGAGCCUGUUUUUCCCCCAGCCGUAUCCUUUCCCAGCAGCUUCUCCUCGGAUCCGGCCGAGGCGUCCUCUACGUAUUUCAGCGCAAGCGCAGGAGGCGUUGCUUCGCCCCACACGGGGACAGCUACAGCUACGUGCGUGGCCCUGAUGCAAAGGGACAGCGAAGCCCAGCCUCCUCCUGGCUGCCUGGAAGGAGGAGGAGGAGGAGGGCAUUUAUCCCUUGAGAUGGCAAGCAUCAGCCCAAUCCUGGGUGCAUGUGCCCACAAGCAUUUGCAGAGCAGCUCGUCCCUUGGUGGCACAGGUGGCUGUGGGGUGGCAAGUGUACCCAGAGAGAGCUUGGAGCCUGCAGAGUCAGAGGGUGCCCUCAUGGGGUGGCAUCACAUUUGGGACACCCACUCUUGUGGCAUGCCUGGGACUGUUGUGAGGAGCAAGCUGAGGCCACCUUGCUUCACCUCCACCCCCAAGGCUGACCCUGGAUGCCCACAGUGAGGACUGGGGAAGCUGGGAGAGGGGGCAGACCUGUCUGGGUUGCUGGAGUGACCCUGUAAUUUGCUGCACUGUCACCUUGGGUCAGCACUGGGGUGACUACCUUGUCAAUAGGGUACGGUAGGAGGUGGUGGGGUGUUAAUGCUGGCCAUGAAGACUGUCCCUGUGGUGCCCCUGCCACCAGGCACAGGUGGUCCUCCAUCACUAGGACAUUGCCUUCCUUCCCAGUGCAUCUUCUACUUGCAAUUUUGGAGAGCUUCAGAGGUCUUAAAAAGCCUUAAGAGUCCAGAUUCUGGUAUUCAUUAAACUUAAUUAUGUAACAGUCCUACUAGGCAGCUGAAACAUGCUGCCUUUGAUGUGUUUGUGACCAUGUCUUGAAGCAUGUCCACUAAUAAGUGCCUGUGCAAGCUGCUGGCCUGUCCCAGCAUGGAGCUCUGGCAGCUGCCUCCAGGAGCUGCAAUGCUCGCCAAAGCAGGAGUCUUCUCAGGACAAACAAGUGCCUAAACCAGAAAAAUAGUGAGUUUUACUCUCAGAUGCGCUUCCUUCUGGGCAGAAUAAGUCCUAAAAUAAGGCUUAGCUGUGCUUCAUUUGUUUUUGCCCCUUGAUGUUCAUCUUGAGAGCUUUACCAGCACCAUUUUCUGGGGCCACAUAGGAUCGUAGAUCCUCUUCAUACUGCAGACCACAACCUCAGGACCCUGAAUUGCAGACAAAAGCCAUGUCUUGCAUGCUUGCCCACUGCCCUGCUUCCUCAAGUGAUCUUUUCUGCCCAAGCCUCUUCCUUGUCCCCUUCCACCCAGCUGCAGAUAAUCCAGAUCUGGGUGGAUGCUCCCUCCUGAAUAUAGCCUCAAGCCAAAUCUCAAAGCAGAUCUACAUGCUCCUGCCACCAUAAAAUCCCCAUUGCAGGCAGGGUUUAUUUGUACCGGGAGCUAAAAGCUUCAAUACUUCGGUCUCAGAACUAGCUAAUGCUUCCAGCCAGGCUGGCUGGACGUGGGUUUGUGCCCAGGACGUGGCUUGACUUGUUGAUUGAGGGCUGGUGAGCUGGGUUCACCAGGAACCUCCUGAGCACCAACUGGUGCACAUCUGGCCAUGUCCUUCAGCUGUUGUCCCGCUGUGGGCAGGACUUUGGUGGUGCCACAGGGCAGGAAAGGCAGCUGGAAGGACAGGCAUGUGAGGAAGUAUUAAAAAAAAAGCUCCCACAUAGCAUUCACUGCUCAGGAUUGACUCAGGCAGAGGUUUCUUCAAGCUGAUCCGGGCACUGAAAACCCAGUUGGUGCUGGAUUUGGAGUGCAGGGGAAGCUCCACGUCUCUGUUCAGACCUCAGCGCUGCCGUGCUGUGGCUGCGCUCUGCAGGGAGGAAGCAGUUGCAGUGGCUUUUCCGGAGUCUUCCUCACUAUGUGAAUCACACAGAAGGCAGCAGAGCUGCUGUGGCAUUAUGGAAAUUUUUAUCUGGGUUGGUUUUCUACCUUGGAUAAUAUAUAAUGAUGCUUUAAAAAACAAA